AUUUUAUCUAGUUCUCUCUAACUAAUUUUGCAUGCUGUUUGUAUGACCCCUCCCCCAGAUUAUUAUUUUUUUUAAAAAAAAAUGGUGAUUGCUAGAUGACAAGCGAGGGGGGGGGAAGCCACUAUCUCUUCAUAUUUUAUGUUGUACCAAAGUAAUGCUUAUCUUCUACUUUCUCUCUUUGAUAUUGGCAAACCCAAUUGAUGUUCCUACUCAACUCCCCAAGUUCACAUCAUCCAGAAAAUACUUUAUUCAAAGUGAUCCAACUAUACCAUAUUCAUCUAACCUAAACAACUUUGGACUUUACCACAACUAUACAUGGACAUCAUUACUCAAUGAACUCCAAGACUUUCCAGAUUCAAAAUUAUUUAUAAUUCAAAGACAUGGUCAAGGAUAUCAUAACAUUGCUCCUGAUCUAUUCACAAAAUCGGAAUGGGACUGCUAUUGGCAGUUUCAACUGGGAAGUAAGGGAAUAGUUUGGGAAGAUGCAGAAUUGACGACUCGUGGAAUUCAUCAAGUGGAAAGUUUAUCGGCAAAUAUUAACAGUACCGUUGAUUUCCCUCAUCCGCAACAAUUCUAUGUUAGUCCCUUGAGAAGAACUCUUCAAACUUGGCAAUUGACUUGGAAGAAUAUGACUAAUAAUACUGCCAUGAUUAAGGAGUUUGCAAGGGAGACGUAUGGGAUGGAUACAGAAAGUAAACGACACAAUAAAACAUACACCUCCUGUAAUUUCCCCGGAUUGGCAUUUGAGCCCGGAUUUAAUGAGUCCGAUGGGCUAUGGGGGCAUAAGUACCGAGAAAAUUCCCAGCAACGUAAAUUACGAGCAUCUGCACUAUUAAAUGAUAUUUUUACUAGUGAAGCCAAAGUUAUUGGUUUAGUUAGUCAUUCCAAUUUACUCCUGUCUCUACUUGAAGUCAUUGAGCAUCGAUCAUGGAGUUUGCCUACAGGUGGGAUGAUCCCGGUAGUCAUAACCAGAGAUCAAAGUGAAACGGUGAAGUAUCAGUUGGAUUUGCCUUGGUUGACAUUUCGUGAUCUUUGCAAAUAUAAUAAUUACCUGGAUCCAUUGGUGAACCGUGCCGGUAAAAAUACAAGCAUGGAAAGUUCAAGCGUGGAAAGUACAAGCAGUCUGGAUGCAACUUCUAGUGCGAAUCAGGGAGCUUUUGGUGCACCCCUUUGUUACAAUUGGGUUGCUUAUUUGUUAGCUUUAGCUACCUAG